AUGCUUGCAUGGAUACCCGUUGCCAUGGCCGACAAGGUUGUCAUAGGUUACUUUCCUAACUGGCUCUAUGCAAGGUACCCUGUAUCCAACAUUGAUUUCUCUUCGUAUACGCACAUCAAUUAUGCGUUUGCCGUUAUGCUUCAUGGCGAUACACCUGAAUGGACCGACAAUGACCAAGUCAAGACACAGCUUCCACAACUUGUUGAAAAGGCACAUGCCGGGAAUGCCAAGGUGCUCAUCUCCGUUGGUGGAUGGUCUGGAUGUUUGACUUUCAGUACUAUGGCUGCGAGUGCUUCUGGACGAACGAAUUUUAUCAAUUGGGCUAUUGACCAAAUCAACACCUAUGGCAUUGAUGGCAUCGAUUUGGAUUGGGAAUAUCCUGGAAGGCAAGGUGCCGGUUGUAAUGCUGUGGACGAAGCCAAUGAUACCAAGAACUAUUUGCAGCUUAUCAAGGAGAUGCGUCAAGCCUUUGAUGGAGUACACAAUGGCACCUCGCGCAAGGAGAUCUCCAUUGCAGGCUAUGUGCGUCCAUUUGAAUCAGCUUCUGAUUUUGGUAGUGUGCUUGAUCGCAUCAAUUUGAUGACUUACGAUAUCAAUGGCGCAUGGAACGAUACCACUGGACCCAAUGCUCCUUUUCAGUUUCAGCCAGGCCAGGGUGAUGCCGAUAGUUUUGUUUCGGCUAUUGAAGCUUGGAAGGGUGCAGGCGUUCCUACCGAAAAGAUCGUACCUGGUAUGGCUUUUUACGGGAGAUCAGCAACUGCCACCGUUGAUAUGACCCAAAGUGGAUCACAAUAUCAAUCACAAGAAAAAGGAAAGCCUCCCAAAGGAGAUUCAUAUGAUGCACCUUGGCAAGAUCCCAAUUGUCCCAAAGAUCCAGGAGGCCUAUCGGGCAUAUGGCGCUAUGGUAAUCUUCGUUCACAAGGGGUGCUUACUGCUCCCGAGACAGCAGCUUCACCAUGGGUGCGUACCUGGGAUAAUGUUACUCAGACGCCAUGGCUUUUCAAUCCAACGGAUAAGACAUUUAUCUCUUAUGAUGAUCCCAAAUCAAUGGCUAUUAAGAUCAAUUAUGCGAUAUGUCAAAACUUGGGUGGUGCUAUGGUGUGGUCGGUAGAUGAAGACUCUUCAAACAAGGAGCUGCUAUCGGUGGUCGUGCAGAUCAAAACAGGCUCAUGCGACAAGCAGUAA